AUGGCGGGCAUGUUCAAGAAUGUGUUUGGCUCUCAGGAGGUUAAACCCGACGAUGACUUCGCCGACUUCGUGGAAGCUCCCAACCCGUCGCCUGCCUCCCUCGUCGCUGACUCGACUGUCGCCCCAGCAGCCAAUACCCUAGCCGCCAAGCAGGUCCCCUACACUGCCUGGUACCGGGUAUGGGAGAGGACAUCCCCGAGCGAUUUUAAGCAGGAGGCAAUGAUCAUGCCGGUCAUCCUCUUAAUUGUCCUCUUCCACCUCUGGGGGACGCGCAAGAACCGAAAGAGGGCGAGGGACUGGGCGCAGGCCCACGGACCUUCUCUUCAGAAGGAGUUUGCCGUCGUCGGAUUUGAUGGAAUCGCCCGACCGGCUGCCGUGGACGGUGAGGCGAUCACCUUGGAGCUCGCCAAGCCCGAGUCGCUGCUAAAAGAGAGGUCUGCCUGUGAGUUCGCCUCGUAUGCGACUGGCCGCCAGAACGUUGCCUUCCUCGAUGUCAACCUUAAGAUGCCUAAGCGAUACAACCCCAUCACCUUCAUUAUGGAAGCUGGGAGCCCCCCCGUUGAGAAAUACGAGGCUCUAGCGUAUGCUUUCGAUGGUAAGGAGAAGGACCUGGUUCCCGUUCUCGCCAAGGAUUCUGCUCCCAUCAAGGCCCCUAGCUCGACUUACGACGGCUUUAUCUGGGCUGUUGUUCACAAGAGCCACAUGCGCAAGUUCCGCAACGACCGCUACGAUGCCUCUCUCACUUUCUCUAAGGAUAGCCCCAAGCUCCCCUCGUGGGUCACUGUGAUGACCGAGAGCGCUGAGAUUAGCGAUACCCUCCUCACCCCGGAGUUGAUCCAGGCCAUUGAACAGGCUGGUAAUGACUUUGAGUACUUGAUCGUCACGGACCAGCCUAUCGACAGACCCACCAAGAUUGACGAGACCAUUCCUAAGAAGCGCAUCCAGCUAUCCGCUAACCUCGCCUCCUCCCCGUCCGGCUAUACCUCCACCCUCCCUCUGUUCAACCAGUUCCUAUGCCUGUCCGACAAGCUGGUCGCCUCCGCCCAUUUCCGUGGCGAAGUCAUGCGCAAAGUCCGUAACGUCCGCGAAGAGGAGAUCAAGAGGCUGCGCCGUGUCGACGAGGAAGAGAAGGCCGAGGAGCGCCGCAUUGCUGCCGAAAAGAUCAAGAAGGAUGAGCGUGAGCGAAUCUUACGUGGAUUAAGCGCCGACGAGCAGCGCAAGUUCCUUGAGCGUGAGGCUCAGAAGGGACAGAGACGUCAGGCGAAGAAGAGCACGCGGAAGGGUUAG